UUGGAGCAACGUAGACACGGUUGACUGCGAACGACAGCCGUGUGGGUCUGACUCUGCACUUUAUUUAGACACUCUUUUUCCUCUCGUAUAAACUUUAUUAAUCAUUUUUGUAAGUGGAAUAAGUUCUUCGAUCCCGGUGAACUCAGUAGAGUGGAAAAAUGCCGCAGUAUUCGAUUAAGGUUAAGUGGGGAAAAGAGCUUUUCCCCAACGUCGAAGUGAAUACGGAUGAAGAGCCGAUGCUUUUUAAAGCACAACUCUUUGCUUUAACGGGGGUUCAACCAGAAAGACAAAAAGUCAUGUUGAAGGGGAUGACCCUCAAGGAUGAAGACUGGGGAACCAUGAAGUUGAAAGAUGGAGUGACUGUUUUAAUGAUGGGUUCAAAAGAGGAAGACGUUCCAACUGAACCAGCCGAGAAACCUCUCUUUAUCGAAGACAUGAACGAGUCCGAAUUGGCCACAGCUCUAGAUUUGCCUGCCGGUUUAACUAAUCUUGGAAACACCUGUUACUUGAAUGCAACAGUUCAAUGUUUAAAAACAGUUCCUGAGUUGCGAGACGCUUUAAGGCAAUUUGCUGGUGGACUAGCUGCUGCUGGCAGUUCUUUUAAUGCAGACGCUCAGCGUAUCACGGCCGCCUUGAGAGAUUUGUACGAAACGAUGGACAGAGGUUCUUCCUUACCCCCGAUCGUUUUGGUCCAGAUGAUGCAUACAGCUUUUCCCCGAUUUGCUGAAAAAUCAGAGCAUGGUGGCUUCCAACAACAAGAUGCCAAUGAAUGCUGGACCGAGCUUGUCAGAAUGUUAAAGGACAAAUUACCAGCAAAGGAUUAUUCUGCAGGCACAGAAGACAACGGACAAAAAUACAAGCCUCGCUCGUUAAUUGAGCAAUAUUUUGGAGGAACGUUCGACACAGAAUUUAAAUGUGUUGAAUCGGAAGAAGAGCCUCCAACCAAGGGAAAGGAAGAAUUCCUACAACUGAGUUGUUUCAUUUCGACAGACGUUAAGUACAUGCACUCUGGUCUAAGGAACAAAAUGCAAGAAUCGAUUACCAAAAAUUCGUCGACACUGGGACGUGAUGCAGUUUUCACAAAAACGUCGAAGAUCAGUAGGCUCCCGGCGUACUUGACGAUACAAUUUGUUCGUUUUUUCUAUAAAGAGAAGGAGGCGAUAAAUGCGAAAAUUCUCAAGGAUGUCAAGUUUCCCCUCGACUUUGACGCCUUCGAAUUGUGCUCUGAAGAACUGCAGCAAAAACUCACUCCGAUGAGGGAGAAGUUCAAGGAACAGGAGGACAAGUUUGUUGAAGAAGCUCGCCAUGUAAAGGAUAAAAAGAAGAAGGGUGAAGUUAAAGAAAAGAAAACAAGGAAAGAGCCUUUCCAGUUUCCAGAUGAUCUUGGAUCUAAUAACAGCGGUUACUACACAUUGCAAGCAGUUCUAACUCAUCGGGGUCGUUCAAGUAGCAGCGGUCACUAUGUAGCUUGGGUUCGUCAAAAGGGCGACACAUGGUUGAAAUGUGACGACGAAACUGUCAGUAUAAUUACGACCGAGGAUGUCUUAAAACUCAGCGGUGGAGGAGAUUGGCAUUGCGCUUACGUCCUUCUCUAUGGUCCCCGAAUACUCGAAAUUCCAAUUCCAGACGAAGAAGUCGCCGAAUAGAAUAUUAUAACGAUUUUUAUAUCGAUCUUACUCUAGGUCAAAUUUCGACCGGCUCGUCAAAUGACUCAGAGAGUGAGAGAGUGAAAGCGAUGAAGAGAAAAAUAGAGUGAAAAGGUGAGCGAGAGACUGAUCGCAAAGAAUUGAGCAAAGCGCCGUGAAUAUUUGUUUCGUAGAACCCCACAACUUGGAAAAAGAGUUGCAUUUUUUAAUCGAGUUUAGAGUAAAAGUUAAUCGAAAUGAAAAUUUCAGAUCCUUGAUUCAAAAAUGCAGGCUCACUAGGUCGUCUUGGCUAUAUUGGACUAUGCGAAAUCUUUUUAUUGGAAUUAUCUAAUUAUUCUGUGAAUAAUAGGAAAUUAUUUAUAAUCUAUUCUGAGUUGUUGGAUUUUACACUCUUUCGUUUGAAUGCUUUGCGAGCGAAUUUUCGCCUUUGCGAGAAUUUGAGUGAUUAUAUAUUGGUUAAUUAAUGAAUUAAUUAAUGAGCGGAUUGAUAUCGUGAAGUGAUUCGAGAGACGUCGAGUCGAUCUGCCGCUAGAUAAUUAACUUGUUUCAUAAAGUUGAUAUAACAAACAGUA